AUGGUGGAGGAAGCGAGAAAGGACACCGUCGAGGCCGCCCCAGUGGCUACCGCGCAUGUAGGAGAGCAGCCAAAGCACCCAAAGGGCGUUGUUCUGGACAAAGAUGGCAAGCCGUGUCGAUCAUGCACUUCUGGCGCCGCGUUCUCGGCGUGGGCCGCGCAAACCAAGCAAAGAGUAAAGGGCGACAAACCUGCUACGACGACGACCGACUCCCGCGCCGAUUGCCCUCCUGAUGUUGAGAUGCUAGGCCGCAGCUCGUGGACGCUUCUGCACACCAUUGCAGCGACAUAUCCGGACACGCCGUCGCGCACGCAACAGGCGGACAUGCUGCGCUUCGUGGAUCUCUUCUCCAAGCUGUACCCAUGCUGGGUGUGCGCCGAAGACUUUCAGUCAUACAUUGUGAAGAGGGUGCCCAAAGUCACGAGCCGCGACGAAUUCGGCCAGUGGAUGUGCAGCGCACACAACGAUGUCAACCGGAAGCUCGGCAAGAAGGAGUUUGACUGCUCCAAGUGGCUGGAGCGAUGGAAGACUGGGCCGAAGGACGGUCGUUGCGAUUAG